UCAUGUAUAAGCCCGCUUGCUAUGUAUAGAGUCUGGCCUCAUCACUGUCAGAACAAACAGCGAGUGCCGAUUCAGGGUCCAGGCACGAGGCAUUCCAUCUCUUUACCACAGAUAUGCGGGAUCUCAAGCUCCUUCAAACUUGGUGUGUUUCAUUUUGUGAGCUCUUUGUUCAACUGGGGAUAUAAUGUAGCUCUGCGGCAGUAUGGUGAUGGAGUCUAACAGCUGUCCAGGACUCUGUGCACCACAGGACCGCCUGAGGGUGAACAUUGAUGGCAACAUUUUUUUGGUGGACAAAAACCUUCUAGAUGACCACUGUGAGUACUUCAGGGCUCUGUUCCGCUCAGGAAUGAGAGAAUGCCAACAAGGGGAGAUUCAUUUACAGUCCGUCGGGGUUCUGGGGUUCCUUGUCAUGCUGCAAGUCCUGUACGGGGACCAACCAAUACUAAACAGUGACCAGAUUGUGGAAGCCAUUGAGUGCACAGCUUUUCUUCAUGUCCCAGCUCUCUCGAAGCACCUGAACAAUAUUAUCGACUCUGAUAACUGUGUCCUCAUGUACCACACGGCUGCCACCUAUGGAGCGUGGGAGAUCUACCACCAUUCGGCUCUCUUCAUCAGGGACAUGUAUUCUGACCUGCAGAGUGCCGUCCAGACUUUACCCAAGCAGCUGGUAGAGCACAUCGAGUCCCUCUCUCCAAGCUCCUACAUGGCCAUGUGCAGCCACUCGCCAUCCAGUGAGCUGCUUCCUGACUCCCAGAGGACCAUUUGUUAUCUGGAUGAAGAAGACAAAGAAUGGAAGGUCUACACACAUCUACCUGCAAACAUCAGCACUACAAUGGCGGGCGUGGCUGUACUUGACAACAAACUUUAUAUCAUUGGAGGGGUGCAUGAUGUCAGCAAGAAGGUUGCAGAGACGGGUUUCUGUUAUGACCCUAUGAGCAAUACGUGGACAACAUUCUGCGGUCCCCAGCGGCCGCGCUAUAACUUCAGCCUCAUAGGUCUCAAGGGCUGCCUUUAUGCUGUAGGAGGUGAGUACGAACUGAACGCUUUGUCAUCCAUGGAGCGGUACAGUGUGUCUAAUGAGAGCUGGAGGUUCGUGUCCCACCUACCCUGCCCUGUGGCAUCAGUGGCUUUUGCUGUGGCUAUGAGCAGGAUAUUUAUCUGCCUAUGGAAGGGACAAGGAGCUUCUGACAUUUACGAGUAUGUGCCCGAAAAAGACCAAUGGAUUCUGGUCACCACACUCAUCCGUGAUCGGAGCUAUGCUCUUUGCAUGGUGGCCCAUAAGGACAACCUGUAUGUGAUGCGUAACGGACCGUGCGGGGACUUCUUACUGUGUGCCAUGGACUGUUACAACCUGAGUUUGAAGCAGUGGACAGCCAUGCUGGGCCAGUACGGGAACAGCAAAGGUUCUCUGUUCACGGCUGCAGUAAGAGGAGACUCUGUGUUCACCCUCAGUCGAAAGGUGACCACUGAGUACACAAUAGAGGCCAACAGAUGGCGGACCAAGUGUGAGAUGAGGGGCUUUGGAAGGAUUGGGUCUAUAUAUACUUUUCUAAUGCGACUGCCUAAAGCCACCAUUUCCCCGACAGGAAGGCAUCCAUCGCUGAGUCAGUGUCAGAAUGUUGAAGUUGUUGCUGAUGGUCCAAAAUACCCAAUGAGAUGCUCUGAAAAUUUGUGAGCCAUCUGCAUUAGUUGCUCAAUGAUGCACUUUUUUCAUGUUCCUGUGGUCAUACUUGGAGUGUAAUGCUGUUCAUCUUAUAUUUUCUACAUUUAUAUUCCACAAACUAUU